CAACAGAGCUUUCCGUUUGCGGUGCGCGGUUCGUUUUGUUUUUCAAUUCUUUAAUUGCUUGAGUUCUGACAAACUGCACAUAUUUUGCAACUGACAAAUGAUUGCAAUUAAAGUGCAGUGCCGCAAAUCGUGAACAAUGGUACAAAAUCAUUAGAUUUAAAACAAACGCGCUUUUGUUUUGUAGUAAAACCGUUUGUAGCUGCGCAAUUACGUUUGUUUUUCUUUUGGUGCCCUUAAUUUAUAUAUUAUUAAAACCAGAAAUGGCUAAUAUGCGACCGCAGAAAGGGAAACUAGUGAAGGUUGUCAUACUUGGCGACGGGGGUGUUGGAAAAUCAGCGCUCCUCACACGUUUUGUGUCGAACAAUUUCCAUGAAAACAAUUUUCAUACCAUUGGCGUGGAGUUCAUGAACAAGGACAUUCUAGUGGAUGGUGAAAAGUACACUUUGCAGAUAUGGGAUACGGCUGGUCAGGAACGUUUUCAAGCACUGCGCACACCUUUCUAUAGAGGAUCAGAUAUUUGUCUGCUCUGCUAUGCUAUGGAUGAUUGGGCAAGUCUGCGUAGCUUAAAGCACUGGCGCAAUGAGUUUCUCAACUAUGCAGAUGUUAAGGCUGAUAAAUUCCCAUUCAUAGUGGUGGGCAAUAAGAAUGACCUACGCGAAGACAAGCGUCAGGUGCAAUUCGAGGAAGUUCAGCAAUGGUGCACAGACUACUCCAUUGCCGCUAACAUUGAAACAUCCUCGAAGACGGCCACGAAUGUUACAGAAGCUUUUGUCUUAGCUUUGCGCCAGUGGAAGCAGUUAGAGUGCGUAGUCGAGGCGGAGCAGCGUCAGCAUGGCGACACCAUUGAUUUAACGAGUCCCAUACGUUUGAUGCAGCGUCGGCAGUGCUGCACAGGAGGCGGUGGCAGCGACGCUAAGCGUAAUGCUGUCGAUGGGGAUGAUGAUGAGCACAUUGCAGAUGCCUCAAUGUCGCGACAUUGGCGCAGCUCACCAAAGGCGCCGUCAACUAAUUAUCGACUAUGAGUCUACAUGGCUUAGUUGCUUAGCGAGGCAUCAAGUACAUUCCAGGCAGCUUAUCUCAUAGUUGACAAAAUAUUUUUAAAUGCAUAUAACACUUAUAUAGUGUAUAGAUUUGAUGUAAGUUGCAUUAACCUAACGAGCAACUCAGUAUUUGUAUAUACGUAUAACAGUUUUAAAGUGAAUCGAUUUUAUGAAGAAGCGACAGUAAAUUUUCAUUUAAUAAUACCACUAGAAAUCAAUUAAAGCUUUACACCUAAUAGUUUACGCACAGUUAAAUAGUAACUAAUUUGAAACAAGCUGUUACACUUGCUUACAACAAAUGUGCCUUACCAUAAAUACAAAUGACAAAGGCUUACCAACUUUAUACAUUUUUUGUACCAAAAUAAUACGUAUAACAGUUAUGCCUUUAAAACUUUCGAAUGACAUUACAACAGUUUAAGUUAAUUAGGCGCUAAGCAAUUGUUGAGCAAUGGCAAAUGGAUUUUUUCAAAAACCAAAAUUGAAUUGAAAUAAAUACGUUAAACGCUUGUUAAAAAA